UGGUGCCCGUAAUUUUAGUUUAUACCAAACCUUUUAAAUCGAUCAUAUCACUUUAUUUUUUUUAAAGGAUAAGAACUGUGAUGGAACUUAAUAGACAAGAUCCUUUAAACCUGAAUAUACCAGAUGCAAGGUACCUUACUUCGCAAGAAAAUUCCAACAACAACACUAACCAUUUCAAUAAUAACGCCACUCCAGUGGACGUGAUGGACAUCUCAUUCGGAAGUAUCGAAAGUUACAAUAAUGACUCCAGGUACUCGGAGAGUUUUACCGGAAGUAGAGGAUCGUUUGGGCAACCCUCUCCAUCUCAAGGAAUGGGUUUAGAUGGGGAUUUUAUUAAGGAGCACAACACUUACCAAAUACCCAAACCAGACCUGAAUGAAUACUCGUCCAUGACUGUAUUGGGCAAGAAGUUAUACGUGAUAGGAGGAUUGCGCUAUAAUGAUGACAAUCCACUUCCCCGGAGAGACGUUUGGGUUUACUAUCCAGAGCGUGGCUGGCGGAAACUAACGUCACUGAGAACUGCCCGGAUGCACCACGCACUGUGUGUUUUUGAUGGUUGCAUUUACGCCAUCGGUGGUCUUGGAAGAAACGGCAGAAUCCUGAAGUCAGUGGAGUGUUACAACCCAUCCACAAACAGCUGGCACUUCGUCAAAUCGCUGUCGACACCACGUGCUGGAGCUUGUGCCUCAGAGCUGAAUGGAAAAAUAUUUGUUGCUGGGGGCUUUGGGUACUCCCCGAAUGGAAAUUCUACAAUCCUUGACGAUGUUGAAUGUUACCAUCCAUGUACUGACAGAUGGAUUGCAAAGGGUAGCCUUAGAUAUGGUCGUUGUCAUGCCACAAUGACUUGCAUGGACAAUAACCUGUACUUAAGUGGAGGAUUGGCUUUUGAUGUAAAAUCUUCAGUUGCGUUAAGCGUACAGGAUGUAGACUUGUACGAUGCAAACACAGAUUCCUGGAUGUUGCGUACCUACUUGGAUAAAGCGCGACAUAAUGUUGCCUCUUUUGCUUCAGGUAACAAAUUGUAUUUGAUUGGUGGGAAAUCAACCAAUCAACGGGAAAAUCUGCGCGAUGAUAUAGAGUGUUGGGACGUACAGAGGAACGCAUGGCUGUCUACUUUUAAGCUGCCAACUGAAGUUCAGUGGAUGAAGGGCCUUGCCUAAUUCUAGAAUUUGGAGAAAGUCUAAUUUCGUCCUGAUCUCGUAUUUUAAAGACUAAAGAAUGUUUCAAGAUUUUGUUUUUAAAUGUUUUGGUGAUUAUUACAUAUAAUUGUUUAUCUUUAAUAUUUUAAGUGUCACAAAUGUUUAAAGUCUUUCAAUUUCAAUUUGAGAUAUUAUUAUUUAUUUAUCUUAUCUUUAUUAAGAUUAAUAAAUCUUUAA